CCCGCGCGCUGGAGAAGUGCAGUUCCCCCUGAUUACCAACUCGUCCGUUCUCCCUUCGCGCGCCGUCGGAGAACACUCACCACAGAUCCAGCCGUGCCUUCCUGCAGUGCCCCCGCUGCUGUUGCAUCCGCCAGGAGUUAGUGCACUGUCUUCAUCCUCCGCCACUGACAGGCGCCCUCAGGGAGCAGCCGUCAGCGAUGUCAAGCGAGGAAAGCUACCGGGCCAUCCUGCGCUACCUGACAAAUGAACGCGAGCCGUACGCGCCGGGCACCGAGGGCAAUGUCAAGCGUAAAAUCCGCAAGGCGGCCGCCUGCUACGUGGUGCGCGGCGGGACCCUGUACUACCAGCGGCGGCAGCGGCACCGCAAGACCUUCGCAGAGCUGGAGGUGGUGCUGCAGCCCGAGCGGCGCCAGGGGCUCAUAGAGGCGGCGCACCUGGGCCCGGGAGGCACUCACCACACCCGGCAUCAAACCUGGCACGACUUGUCCAAAACAUACUGGUGGCGAGGUAUAUUAAAGCAAGUCAAAGAUUACAUUAAACAGUGUAGCAAAUGCCAGGAAAAACUAGAUCGCUCCCGUCCAAUAUCAGAUACUUCAGAAAUGUUAGAAGAAUUGGGACUAGACCUUGAAUCUGGAGAAGAAAGUAAUGAAUCAGAGGAUGACCUGAGCAACUUCACUUCACCUCCAGCUACAGCCUCCAAGCCUGCAAAAAAGAAGCCAGUUUCCAAACAUGAACUUGUAUUUGUUGAUACCAAAGGAGUGGUGAAGCGUUCUUCUCCCAAACAUUGUCAGGCUGUCUUAAAACAGCUGAACGAACAGAGGCUCUCCAACCAGUUCUGUGAUGUGACCUUGUUGAUUGAAGGAGAAGAGUACAAAGCCCAUAAAUCUGUUCUGUCAGCUAAUAGUGAAUAUUUUCGAGAUCUUUUUAUUGAGAAAGGAGCUGUUUCCAGUCACGAGGCAGUGGUGGAUCUUUCUGGUUUUUGUAAGGCAAGCUUCCUUCCCUUACUGGAAUUUGCCUAUACUUCUGUGCUAAGUUUUGAUUUUUGUAGCAUGGCUGAUGUGGCCAUCUUGGCUCGCCAUCUUUUCAUGUCAGAAGUUUUAGAAAUCUGUGAAAGUGUACAUAAACUAAUGGAAGAGAAGCAGUUAACAGUAUAUAAGAAGGGUGAAGUACAAACAGUUGCAUCUACCCAGGACUUACCAGGACAGAAUGUAGGUCCAGCACCUCCUGUGGCUAGCAAUGAGGGAACCACAACUUUAUCAACUGAACUUGGGGACUGUGAAAUUUUUUUACUGGUGAAUGGAGACUUGCCAGAAGCUGAGCAGAAUGGAGAGUUGGAACAGCGGUCUGAGCCCCAGAUUUCUUCAGAGACUGAAGCUGCUGCAUCACCUGGAGGCUGUAUAACUGAUUCUCAUCCAGAAAUGGAGUCUGUUGAUUUAGUGACAAAAGACAACCAGACAGAACUAGAAACUUUAAGCAGCAGACAAGAUAGCAUAGUUUCUAAUAUUCAUCCUAAACUUUCAAAAGAGAAUGUAAUCAUUAGCUCUCCAGAAAACGGUGAUAUGGAACAUGAUACGUCAACCGAGGAUAUCUGUGCUGAAGACAUUCCAGAGUAUGGGCAGAACUUUAGCAAGUCUUUAAAAGACCAGGAGAAUCUAGUUGUACCAACAGCAAAGACAGACUCUGGCCCAGAUGAUGAUACUUACAAAAGCAGGCUUCGGCAGCGUUCUGUUAAUGAAGGAGGAUAUAUCCGACUGCACAAAGGAAUGGAGAAAAAGUUGCAGAAGCGGAAAGCCAUUCCCAAGUCAGCAGUUCAACAGGUGGCCCAGAAAUUAGUUCAAAGAGGAAAAAAGAUGAAACAGCCAAAAAGAGAUGCUAAAGAGAAUACUGAAGAAGCAGCGUCUCAUAAAUGUAGGGAAUGUGGCAUGGUUUUUCAGAGACGGUAUGCCCUUAUAAUGCACACAAUGAAACAUGAAAGAGCUAGAGAUUACAAAUGCCCGCUGUGUAAGAAACAAUUUCAGUACAGUGCCUCCUUGAGAGCACACCUUAUUCGACAUGCCAGAAAGGAUGCACCCACUUCAUCCUCUUCCAAUUCCAUGUCUAAUGAGGCAUCAGGAACAUCAACUGAGAAGGGCAGAACCAAACGAGAAUUUAUAUGUUCUAUAUGUGGAAGGACAUUACCUAAAUUGUAUUCUCUUCGAAUACAUAUGUUAAAGCAUACAGGUGUGAAGCCACAUGCAUGCCAGGUCUGUGGAAAGACUUUCAUCUACAAGCAUGGUCUAAAAUUACACCAAAGUCUCCAUCAAUCACAAAAGCAAUUCCAGUGUGAACUAUGUGUUAAGUCAUUUGUUACCAAACGGAGUCUUCAAGAACAUAUGAGUAUUCACACAGGAGAGUCCAAGUACCUUUGCUCAGUUUGUGGAAAGUCUUUUCACAGGGGCUCUGGACUCAGCAAGCACCUGAAGAAACAUCAACCAAAGCCUGAGGUUCGAGGCUAUCAUUGUACUCAAUGUGAAAAAAGUUUCUUUGAAGCUAGAGAUCUUCGCCAGCACAUGAACAAACAUCUUGGUGUGAAGCCUUUCCAGUGCCAAUUUUGUGAUAAGUGUUAUAGUUGGAAGAAAGAUUGGUAUUCCCAUGUGAAGUCUCAUUCUGUUACUGAGCCUUACAGGUGUAAUAUAUGUGGCAAAGAAUUUUAUGAAAAAGCAUUGUUCAGAAGGCAUGUAAAGAAAGCUACCCAUGGGAAAAAGGGAAGAGCAAAGCAAAACCUGGAACGAGUGUGUGAGCAAUGUGGAAGAAAAUUCACUCAGCUGAGAGAGUAUAGGAGACACAUGAACAACCAUGGAGGAGUUAAGCCAUUCGAGUGCUUAACAUGUGGAGUAGCUUGGGCUGAUGCCCGAUCUUUAAAACGCCAUGUCAGAACACAUACUGGCGAACGGCCUUAUGUAUGUCCUGUAUGUAGUGAAGCCUACAUAGAUGCUCGGACACUCCGUAAACAUAUGACUAAAUUCCACAGAGAUUAUGUGCCUUGCAAAAUUAUGCUGGAAAAAGAUACCCUUCAGUUUCAUAACCAGGGAACUCAAGUGGAGCAUGCUGUUAGCAUCUUAACAGCAGAUAUGCAGGAACAAGAAAGCAGUGGUCCGCAAGAACUUGAGACUGUUGUAGUAACAGGAGAAACUAUGGAAGCUCUUGAAGCAGUUGCAGCUACUGAAGAGUGUCCAUCGGUAUCUACGCUUUCUGACCAAAGUAUUAUGCAAGUAGUUAAUUAUGUAUUGGCACAACAGCAAGGACAGAAGCUAUCUGAAGUUGCAGAAGCUAUUCAAACUGUUGAAGUAGAAGUGGCACAUAUUUCAGAAGCUGAAUGAUAGUAAUGGAAAUGAGAAGUGACAUCUUGUGGAUACGGAACUCAGAGUAUUUGUUUACGAUACUGUGUGACUAUUUGCCCAGAGUUCGUAUAUCAAGGCUCUGGGCUGUUUGGUGAUGUUUCAACAUUUCUAAACGGUUUGUCUGGCUAAUAGGUUCUGGAGAAAAGUCCAUUAACUGUAAAGAAAACAUUGAAAACAAAUCUUAUUUGAUGGCAGUGGUUUAUUAUGGAAUACUUUUAUGAAUUAAAUGUUUAUAAAGGACUGUACUAAAUUAAAACUGUACAGUUUUGUUUGCAUUUUGACAUUAUAUACUUUGAGUUUAAAA